AAAAAAAAAAAAAAAAAGCAUCACCAAAAUUUUAGCCCAUUGUUUUCUUCAAUCUAUCAAUUUUUCUUUUUCUAACGAAGAAAAUCGAGAAGAGAAAGCAGAGAAAGAUGCAGAUCAUUGUCGGUAAAAACACUCUUGAGGUUGAUAGCAGUGACACCAUUGACAGCGUCAAAGCCAAGAUUCAGGACAAGGAAGGCAUCCCUCCAGACCAGCUGAGGUUGUUUUUCGCUGGUAAGCGAUUGGAAGAUGGCCGGACUCUUGCUGAUUAUAACAUUCAGAAGGGUUCAACACUUCACUUGAAUUUGAGGCUUAGAGGAGGAACUAUGAUCAAAGUCAAGACUCUCACUGGAAAAGAAAUUGAGAUUGACAUUGAACCUACUGAUACAAUUGACCGUAUAAAGGAACGUGUUGAGGAGAAGGAAGGAAUUCCUCCUGUGCAACAAAGACUCUGGUUGCAGGCUUAUUUAUGCUGGGAAGCAGCUUGGCGACGACAAGACUGCUCGUGACUACAAUAUUGAGGGGGGCUCUGUUCUUCAUCUUGUGCUUGCUCUCAGGGGCGGUAGUUUUUAGACUGUGCUAAUAUCAUUAGGAAAAUCUACGUGCUGAGACUUGUCUGCGACGUGUGGAUAAACAUGAGGAUAUGACAUGAAUUGUUCAGUGAAUUUUAUGGACUGUGACUUUAUUUGCACGCUGUUUUGUUUGCUGUCUACUAUUACAUGCUUAGGCUAAUACAUAAUCUCCUGAAUCUUUUUGAACUA